AUGCACAGAACUUAUUCGCUAAGGAACCAAAGAGUCCCAACUGCUUCUCAAAUUCAGUCUCCACCACCACCACCAUCUAGUACUAAGUCAAAAUUCUUCGGUAAGGCUUCUAUUGCUUCCACCUUUAGAAAAAAUGCUGCUGGUAACUUUGGACCAGAUUUGGCCAGAAAGCUAUCUCAAUUGGUUAGUACUGAAAAGGGUGUUCUAAGAUCUUUGGAAGUUGUCGCAUACGAAAGAAGAGCUGCUGCUAGACAACUUUCCCUAUGGGGUGUUGAUAACGACGAUGACGUUUCUGAUGUCACCGACAAAUUGGGUGUUCUUAUCUUUGAAUUAGGUGAAUUGCAAGAUCAAUUCAUCGAUAAGUACGACCAAUACCGUGUCACUUUAAAAUCAAUUAGAAACAUCGAAGCUUCUGUUCAACCAACAAGAAACCGUAAAGAAAAGAUCACUGAUGAAAUUGCUCACUUGAAAUACAAAGACCCUCACUCUCCAAAGAUUCCAGUUUUGGAACAAGAGUUGGUUCGUGCUGAAGCUGAAUCUCUAGUGGCAGAGGCCCAAUUAUCUAAUAUCACCAGAGAGAGAAUGAAGGCAGCUUACAACUACCAAUUCGACUCUAUGAGAGAAUUGGCUGAAAAGUUUGCCUUGAUUGCCGGUUACGGUAAGGCCCUAUUGGAAUUGUUAGACGAUUCUCCUGUGACUCCAGGUGAAACCAGAUCUGCUUACGAUGGUUACGAUGCAUCUAAGCAAAUUAUUAUGGAUGCUGAAGCUGCAUUGGAAUCUUGGACUCUUGAUUCCGCUGCGGUUAAGCCAACUCUAUCAUUCCACCAAACUGUCGAUGACGUUUACGAUGAAGUCGAUGACGAAGAGGGUGUGGUUCCUGAAGAGGAAUGGGCAGAAGAAGAGGUUGUUGAAGAGGUCCCUGAACAUGCUCACGAGGAAGGCCAUGGUGUGGCAGGUCAACAUGCUGACCACUACGGUCAUCACCACACCGAGUGA